AUGACAGCAGUAUUGCGUACAUACAAAUCAAAGUAUGAUAUCAUGAUUGUCAACGGAUUGAUUGAAAACAACUUUAUAUCCAACUUGCACAUCAACAACCAACAACUGCAAGAUCCUUCUUGCCAAUAUCACAGUAUCUGGAUGGAAAUACGGAACCGAUUCAAACUGCUGUCAAUCAAUACUGUCAUUCAACACUACAAGGCUGACAUUGGCCAGUUGUUUGACAUCUCAUUAUCUCCAAAGAAAAACGGAAUUCAGACCAGAUUUGCUUGGAAUACUCGUCAGUACAGACCCACACAAUACAAUGUAAAAGGUAUCAGACAACCAGAUACAAAUGAACUGCUUGUCUGCAAUAUGCUGCAUCAUAUUGGAAUGGGUCCUGAAACUCGUUGUAUCAUUGCAUCUCACAGCACCAAAACAGUCUACAUUGCUAUCAAUCAAAAGAUUACAUUAAAACAGACAUUAUGGACAGAUUCUACAAAGGAAAUGAAUUACCUUGGACUGUCAGAAUUUUCGGAGCUUCGUGAUUUGUAUAAAUGUAGUAAAGAGUAUCCGUCUGAAUAUUCUAAUAAUGAUGCCUCACUCUUCUCAUUGAAAGAAAGUUUUGAAAGCAUCACUUCAAAAUGGAAAAAACCGAAUCAAAGCCUGCCACAACUCUAUGAUAUUACCUAUGCCUUUCUACUGUCUCGUGUUCUGUUUCUCAAAUAUCUCAAGGAAAAAUAUCCUAACAUAACUCCAGCACAGUUUCUCAUUCACCAAUUGUUCAACUCAAGAGCCAUCAGACUAUGCUUUCUGAAACUGAAGCUAUUGUCUUUGGACAAGUUGAACGACAUACAUUGCAGCUAUAUUGACGAUGAUUUGCGCUGCCUCUUUUGUUUUGAUCAAGCUCAUGUGUUGGCCGAACAUCUUGGAAGCACGAUUAUCUCUGCUGGAAUCAAUGACAAUGACUCGGCAACGGCACAACGCAUACGACUGAAAAAACAGCAUGCCUUUUCGAAUAUCAAUGAUAUAGUAGAGGAAUCUUACAAUGCGGUAAUUGGUCGAUUCGCUCGACCAUCAGGGCUCAUUCACACACAGAUUAUGUUAAAGCUUAUUUUAUCAUCAAUGAUGACGACCAAUCAUGGACCAAUAUACUGCCAACUGGACAAGAAUCAAGAAUACUUUUUCAUGAAUACUGUUGGAUCUAUACAUCUCAUUCGUGAAACUGGCGGAUACUUUUUGUCUGAAGGAUAUGUGAUAGACUUGCUUCUCAAUUUAUUCCGAACAGAGUUUCAACAGUUCAAUCUGUUGUCAUCGUUGGAUCUUUUGAGCAGCAUUGCUGGCACAAAAGGUAAAAAAACUACAGCCAAAGGAACACCGUUCGAAGCCGUCAUUUUGGCUGGUAUGAUCCAAAAAAAUGGACCGCAUCUUUCAAACGUCCUAUCUAGUUUUGGUGUUUCGAUUGCUGGUCUUGAUGGUUUACAGUUGCCAACAAUAGAGCGUAAGGCUGGAGAUGGCACAAUCAUAUCCGAUAGACCAACAGGAGUCUUUUUUCGUCCUUCAAACCAGUUUCGACCAGACAUCCUUGCGUUUUUAUCCAAACAAGUCUGCGUGUCAUUUGGAAUCAAGCUAUAUACAUCAAAAAUUCCUUCAGCAGUGUCUGCCGAUAAUCUUGAAUCUACAAAUCCAGAUUUUUCUUUAUUAAAGCAGAUCGGCCAACGAAUAACGAAACGUAUUUGA